AAUUAAUAUUUAAUACAUUAAUAUUACAUUUUGUAAUUUAAAAUAUUUAAAAUAUUAAUUAAUCACUGCCAUAAAUACAUUUUCGGUAGUGUUUCAGGAAUUUAUCGUAGCAGUAGUAGAAAUGUUGAAAAUUAGAGAAAGACUGUUUAUUCUAAUUAAGAGCUUAUUUUUUAAGAUUGUUAUUUAGUCUAGAUCGGGUUUUGUUGACAGUCCGCCAUUUUUUUCCGAUUUUCAAAGCCGAGUCUACCUUGGCGACCGAAGUUUGUCGCUAAAUCAAAAAAUCGCCAAAAGGACCAAUACUAAAGCUGUUCCUUACUUUCUUUAUAGGAACCAAAAGUAAUUGAUUAAUAUAAUUAACAUAUUUUCUAAUUUUCUUUACUCAUCUUGCUCUAUUAGUUAACCGAAACAAACAUUUUUAAUAAUGGAUUACAGCUUUAUUAUCCUCUUUGAAGAUUUAUUUGCCGUCGUUUCUUGGAUUUCGAAACCAAAACAAUUAGACAUGGCUGAUUUCUGUUUACAUAGACCGGCUAAUGGGCCUGUCAUCUUUAACAAUUAUGAUACCAAACUGAAACUUUUCAAUAUGCGGAUGGUUUUUCUGCUCAUAAAUAUACGUCAGCAUCAACAGUUUUCUAAAGUAAUUUGGCGGACUGGUGUUGGAUAAAUCUAAAAGAAUGCAGCACAGUGAAAUACAAAGGAACCAUGCCAAACUGGGCACUGUCCUGAAGCACAUUUAUGCUUCAGAAGUUGUUCUAGAACAUACCCAUGUACUGAAAAAGAACUUGUUGAUGUCAUUUUUGGGUCAGUUUAAGUCUUUCUGCUCAAGGAAAAGUCCCGAAUUCUGCACUUUGUUUCAAGAUUACUACUUAACUGGCAGUUAUUUUGAAGGAUUACGGGUCAAGGAAGCUACUGAAUUUGAUGUCAAUGUUGUAUUUUCCUUCCCUUUGCCUGAUUCUGGAUACUCAGUUACUGAAUUAGAUGUACCUUUAUCAUAUGCUACAUAUCAGUUAAAGCAGUCAUAUCCUGAGUUUCCAAUGUGUGGAAAAAUAAAAUCAUUUUUUGAUGAUGACAAUUACUUGAUUGGGCAGAAUGUUCUCAAGUGGUUUGAGUCACUUCUAGAUGGAUUUAUAACUUACACAGACUUAGAACUUUAUGGAGUUUUGCAGGUAAAAACAACACAGAGUGGUCCAGCUCGAACGUUAAAAGUAUUUUGGAAGGACUAUGUCUGGAUAAGCAUUGAUUUAGUUCCUGUUAUAUUGUUAGAUACAAAACAUCUACAUAAAUAUACUGCAUGUGAAGGACUUAAUUCCUUAGAUAGUUUAUCUACAUGCUAUUUGGUGCCCAAACCUUUGAAAUCUGAGCUAAGUUGUCUGAUCUCUUCUGACCUAGUGUCACGUGUUUGGCGAAUUCAUUUUCCUGAAACUGAGAAGCAAUUUCUUAGGGGGAAAAAUUACAUGAAAUCUACUAUACAGCUUAUCAAGGCUCUACGUGACAAAGAAAAUUGGCCAAUACCAUCCUAUUUCAUAAAAAUUAUUGGAUUAUGGCUAAUACAGAAGCAUCCUUCUGAAGAACAAUAUAAUGAUGAUAAAAUUGGAUCUCUUUUCAUAGAAUUUUAUGUAUUUUAGCCCUGCCCGGAAGUGAGUACUGAAUUAAUUGAAUCAGGAAUCUAUUAACGUAUUCGUAGUAAGAUAUUUGGAGUGAAACAAAGAAGCAUUUAACAACAUUUCAAGCGAGAGAGAAGAGUGAAUAGAUUAUAAUAUGGGUGCUAGAUUAAGAAUAGGGAGUUGUGGUUCUGCUUUGGUUCUAUUGGUUGGUUAAGAGUUUUAAUUUGAAAAUGUAAUAUUAUUAUUGGCAAAAAGACUUAUUUCAUUUUUGUCAUUAUGCAAGUAUGUAUAUCCUGAGUGUUGUAUAAGAAUCAUAUGACAGGGGUUAGUUUUGAAAGGGUACACUUAAUAAAGAUUUAUUAAAAGUAUAUUACUAUUUUACGAGCAGAAAGAAGAAAUAACCAAAUUAAAAAGGAGACCUAAAAAAGAUUUUUACACUUUUAUUGUACAAAUUAUUUAUCUUACUCAUACACACACACACAUAUAUACAUUCUAUAAUAGCAUGCGACAGAUGUAUUCGUAAGGCGUCAUGAUAAAUUGUGAUGUAGUUAAUGCAGAUGAUCAAAGAGCUGUGAUAAAAAUAGGCAUUCCAUGUCUAUUUAUGUGCUAUUUUUCUAUAUUUACUUAUAUAUGCAUUUGAGAUGUGAACUGCUGAUAAAAUUUGAAUGUUCUGUGUUUGUUUUGAUACCUCCGAUAUGUGAACUGUGUUUUUAAUACAGUACAAAGUCCGUAAUUCAGAUGUCCAUUAUCCGCAAUGAUCUAUAAUCCGGAUCUCAAAGGCCACAAACGUUUUUUUGUAUGCUUUAUGCAUACACAUAAAGAAUGUGCACAAAUACAUUAUGCGCGUUACGCAAGCACGUAAUGUAUGCUCUGCGCAUGCGCGCGUUGAAAGAAAUGUUUAAUGAAGUAAACAAAUAUUCAGCUUUUUUUUUUUUUUUUUGUAAAAUUUGACACCCUUUAGACCAUAAUUGCUUUUUAUUUCAUAAAUUACGGUUUGAUAUU